CGGCGCCGAGCCACCCAGCCGAGCCGGGGGCGCAGAGCGCGGGAGGCGGUAGCCGAGCCCAGAGUAUGGGCCUUUUGCAAGGCUUUCCUUUUUUUUGGAGAUGGGGUCUCCCUGUAGCCCAACUGGCCUGGAACUUGCUAUGUAGACCAGACUUACCUACUUCUGCUCCUGAGUGCUGGAAUCAAAGGCGGCUCUGCUGCCAAUGGAAGUUCCCUGGCCUGGCGGUUGAAGUUGGUCUACGCACCAUGUCAUCAUGUGUCUCUAGCCAGCCCAGCAGUGACCGGUCAGCCCCCCAGGAUGAGCUGGGGAGCCCAGGCAGCAGCCGAGAAAGCCAGAAGCCCUGUGAGGCCCUGAGGGGCCUUUCAUCUUUGAGCAUACGUUUGGGCAUGGAAUCCUUCAUUGUGGUCACUGAGUGUGAGCCAGGCUGUGCUGUGGACCUCAGCCUGGCCCGGGACCGACCCCUGGAGGUGGAUGGCCAGGAAGUCCCCCUCGAUGCUUCAGAAUCUGAGGCACGGCCCCUGCUUUCUAGUCGCAAACUGUCCCUGCAGGAGCAGUCCCAGGGUGGGCCAGUAUCUGGCAGCAGCCUGGACAUGAAUGGACGCUGCAUCUGCCCGUCCCUGCCCUACUCACCUGCCAGCUCCCCACAGUCCUCGCCAAGGCUGCCCCGACGACCCACAGUGGAGUCACACCAUGUCUCUAUUACUGGUUUGCAGGACUGUGUGCAGCUAAAUCAGUACACACUGAAGGAUGAGAUUGGAAAGGGCUCCUAUGGUGUGGUCAAGUUGGCCUACAAUGAAAAUGACAAUACCUACUAUGCAAUGAAAGUACUAUCUAAAAAGAAGCUGAUCCGACAGGCUGGCUUUCCACGUCGCCCCCCGCCCCGAGGUACCCGCCCAGCUCAAGGGGGUUGCAUCCAGCCCAGGGGCCCCAUUGAACAGGUAUACCAGGAAAUUGCCAUCCUCAAGAAGCUGGACCACCCCAAUGUGGUAAAACUGGUGGAGGUCCUGGAUGACCCCAACGAGGACCAUCUGUAUAUGGUGUUUGAGCUGGUCAACCAAGGGCCUGUGAUGGAAGUGCCCACCCUCAAACCACUCUCUGAAGACCAGGCCCGAUUCUACUUCCAGGAUCUGAUCAAAGGCAUUGAAUACCUACACUACCAGAAGAUCAUCCACCGGGACAUCAAACCUUCCAACCUGCUGGUGGGAGAAGACGGGCACAUCAAGAUUGCCGACUUUGGUGUGAGCAAUGAGUUCAAGGGCAGUGAUGCCUUGCUGUCUAACACUGUGGGCACACCUGCUUUCAUGGCACCCGAGUCGCUCUCAGAGACCCGAAAGAUUUUCUCUGGGAAGGCCUUGGAUGUUUGGGCCAUGGGUGUGACACUCUACUGCUUUGUCUUUGGCCAGUGCCCUUUCAUGGAUGAGAGAAUCAUGUGUUUGCACAGUAAGAUCAAGAGUCAGGCCCUGGAGUUUCCAGACCAGCCUGAUAUAGCUGAAGACUUGAAAGAUCUGAUUACCCGGAUGUUGGACAAGAACCCAGAGUCAAGGAUUGUGGUGCCAGAAAUCAAGCUGCACCCUUGGGUCACGAGGCACGGGGCUGAGCCAUUGCCAUCGGAGGACGAGAACUGCACGCUCGUCGAGGUGACUGAAGAGGAGGUCGAGAAUUCUGUCAAACACAUUCCCAGUCUGGCGACCGUGAUCCUGGUGAAGACCAUGAUUCGGAAACGCUCUUUCGGGAACCCUUUUGAGGGUAGCCGGCGGGAGGAGCGCUCUUUGUCAGCACCUGGGAACCUGCUCACCAAAAAACCAACCAGGGAGUGGGAACCCUUGUCUGAGCCCAAGGAAGCAAGGCAGCGAAGACAGCCUCCGGGGCCCCGAGGCAGCCCCCGUGGGGGAGGAGGAAGUCCUCUUGUGAAAGGUGGUCACUGCGUGGAAAGUUGGGGGGCCCUGGCCCCCAGCUUCCCGGCACACAUGCCUCUACUGCAGCCCGAGGAGGCGAUGGAGCUGGAGUAGCUGCCUGGACCACUUGACCUCGCAUGCCUGGCCAUGUGGCCCUGCACAGGGCUGCUGCACCCUGAGUUUCCAUAGCAGCAUGUCCUACGGAAACCAAGCACGUGUGUAGAACCUUGACCAUCAUCUCUGGUUAUUUGCUUUUGUUUUUAUUCCUUUGUUGUUUUAAGGGGACAAAAAAAAAAAAAAAAAAAACUUG